AGUGGUGAUGCAAGAAGUUUCUAGGAAAGCGCUACCAGAAUUUGACAAAAUGGCUUGUGCAGCAGACAGCUGCAUACAAUUCACACGCCAUGCAAGCGACGUCCUGCUGAACCUGAACCGGCUGCGCAGCAGAGAUAUCCUCACAGACGUCACCAUCCUGGUGAACAGGCAGCAGUUUCGUGCGCACAAGACGGUUCUCAUGGCUUGCAGUGGGUUGUUUUACACCAUCUUUACUGACUCCCACAAGUGCAACCUUAACGCCAUCAGUCUGGAUCCCAAGGUGGACCCAGAGGGCUUCGCCAUCCUGCUGGAGUUCAUGUACACCUCCCGUCUCACACUAAAGGAGAGUCUGAUCAUGCCCAUCAUGAACACAGCCAUCUACCUGCAGAUGGACCAUGUGGUGGACACCUGCCACAGAUUCAUCAAAUCCAGUGAUCCCUCCGCCAAGCUGCAGAGAGAUGAGUUUCUGAUCAGUCCCUUGGUGCUACCUCAGGAUGUCCAUGCUUACCGGCCCCAUGAUGUUGUUGACAGUUUGCACAGCCGGGUAAAUCCGUUCAGGGAUGGGAGGCCCUACGGUUCAAACAUGUUCAGUGGGGUCAGCACCCCCAGCAACUACCAUCUCUACGGGCAGUUUCCCAUGCCAGGAUUCCCUUUCCCUCUCUGCAAGCUGACUGAUGCCCAAAACUCUUUUGCUGACCUCUCUAAGAGUGGUAUCCACCAUAAGCAUUGUUCUCCGCAUGACAGCGCCAACAUCAUCAGGGCAGAAUACAGUCGAGCACUUGGCACCAGCUCCUCCAGCAUUAUUCACUCCACCACCUACGCUUCCAGGGAGGUAGGCAGAGACGACGAGAUGCGGAAGGAGAGCCACGAGGGGGUCAGCCAGUCUAUCACCCACGGCGCAAGGAAGCGUGCGUUUCCUGUGUUGACCCUCGAGCACCACAGAGAGUCAGGGAAAGAUCACGCUCCUCAGGCAGAGGAAGACCUGAUCCAUCAGCACUACCCGCUGGGAAUCUCCUCCACAGGGCGCAAGAGCCUCAUGAGCAGCCCGCAGAGCCCCCUCAAAUCAGACUGCCAGCCCAACUCCCCAAUAGAGUCCAGCAGCAGCAAGAACGCCACGCUCUCCCAGGCUGCCGCGGUGCAGGCUCCACAAGGCGCGCAGGAGACCAAAUCCCGCAACUGGAAGAAGUACAAGUUCAUCGUGCAGAAUCAGAGCGCCAAGGAAGACGAGGUGGGGCUCCGGUCCCCUCAGCAUCUGGGUCUGGUACCCUACCUCCACCCCAGCGACUCAGAGAACCUGGACCCUCAAGCCACGAGCAGGAGCAGCGACCACAGCGAGGAGCUUCCUGUGCCGCAGGCCAGCCGCCUCAACAACAUCAUCAGCAGUGCACUGGAGGGGUCGCUGAGGAACGGGGACAGCCGCACUCCGCAUUACUUGAGCCGCCUGAACUGCUCGACCUGCGGCACCCCCUCCCCGCAGCACUCGGAGGUCUGUCCCAACACCCCCAGGUCCCGGCUAGCUGAGGACAUGGCAGAGCUGCACUCAGAGUACUCCGACUCCAGCUGUGAAAACGGCACAUUCUUCUGUAACGAGUGCGACUCCAAGUUCGCUGAAGACGGGGCGCUGAAGCAACACAUGCUCCAGGUGCACAGCGACAAGCCCUACAAGUGUGACCGCUGCCAGGCCGCCUUCCGCUACAAGGGCAACCUCGCCAGCCACAAGACCGUCCACACCGGAGAGAAGCCGUAUCGCUGUAAUAUCUGCGGUGCUCAGUUUAACAGACCAGCAAACCUCAAGACUCACACUCGCAUCCACUCAGGAGAGAAGCCAUACAAAUGUGAGACGUGUGGAGCUCGUUUCGUACAGGUUGCUCAUCUCCGUGCCCAUGUGUUGAUCCACACGGGGGAGAAGCCAUAUCCCUGUGAGAUCUGUGGAACACGCUUCCGUCACCUGCAGACGCUGAAGAGCCACCUGCGCAUUCACACAGGAGAAAAGCCCUAUCAUUGUGAGAAAUGCAACUUGCACUUCCGCCACAAGAGUCAGCUACGGUUGCAUCUCCGACAGAAGCAUGGCGCCAUCACUAACACGAAGAUCCAGUACCGCAUGACCACGCCCGACAUGCCCACUGACCUGACUAAGGCAUGCUGAGCGGGAAGAAGAGGCCCGUUUCAGAGGAGGCAAUCUUGACCUUGGCAUUGAGACCCCAACUCGUACAAUCAUCCACAAUUCUAGUGCCACACUGUGUUCAUUAGACAAAUACAUUGGCUUUGUACGCCAUUCUAAACGGGUUUCCACUACAUGUGAACGUAGAGCCACUUAUGGCAUCUUAGUCACUUUAUUGUUUCUAUAUAGAAUAUAUAUAUAUAUAAAUACAUAUAUAUGUAUGUUGGGAGUGUUUCUAAGCUUUGAAGGUACGUAUAUAAAGCUUUAUUUUGUUGGAUGGAAUGUAAACAAUUUGCUUUUUAAAAUACAGUAUUUUAUAUCAGAGAACUUACAUUUCUGAAAGUAUAGAACAUUUUUGAUUGACGGGUGGUACAUAUAUUUUAAGAAUCCGAGAUUUGCGGCUGUAUAGGGUUGUCUACACAUUUUUAUGUAGAUGUACGUACAUGUUGCACCAUUUCAAGUUGCCAUUUUCCUGUAAAGAGGGGGGAGACAUUGUAAUUAGAUUUAAUCUAAAACAUAUCAGCUGAAGCUGCUGUCUGAUGAGGUUCUGCAUGAGGUUCUCCAACCAGUUGUCGGAGCACAUGAAGUGGGCAACUGCAUAAAUAUUGUGACAUAUUGUGUAAUUAUAUCUGUGGGAUUGCUCUCUGCUGGCAGAGGCAAUCUAGGUGUUGAAAUGCAUUUCAAGGUUCUGCUUUGUUAUGAUCAAGAAAAUAUUUUGUUUUAAAUGUAUUUGUAUAGAUGUGACUUUAGUUUUUGUUCAUUCGUUUUCCAUAAGUGAAGGUUUACAGUUUUUGGUCAUUGUUCUAGAUCCUGCAGUAAGGUUGUUACGUGUCAACAUUUCUGUUUUGUACACUGUGUAUUCAAUGUGCCUUUUUCUCUCUGUCUGAAUCCCUCUCUGUUCAGCACAGCUAUAUAAAGGUACAACUCAAGGACGCCACUCGUCCUCAUACCC